CCAAAUUCUUGUAAUUGUCAGUAGAGUUAAGUAACCCAUGUAGAUACAAAACAGCAUAGGCAUGAGAAAAAAGUGUAAGAAAUUGAGAUCCUCUGGUUAUUCCGUAUGCUCAAGGAGCUUUCUUUCCAUUUCUUUUUCCAUAUGCUCUCUGUUGGGGUCUUUUACCUCUACUUACCAAAACACCCAAAUUUUCAUUCUUUGGAACAUCAUAUCCAAAGUCUUCUUGGGAAAUAAGAAAUCUCUCUUUUUCUCUAAGGUACUGAAGCAUCCAAUAUGGAAAUAGUCAAGAUAUAGAAAAUGCAAGCUCUUGAAGGAUUCAAGAUAUAUAAAGGAUCUGAGAUAUGGAAAUAACUCAAGAUAUAGAAGGAUCUGAAAUUUUAGAGACUAAGAUAUGAGAAUAUUUAAGACACAGGUAGGAAGGACGCCUUCAAGGAAUUUGCUGGCUACCCUUAUUUUUGUAAUAUGCUUGCUAACAUCAGCAUGGGAGCAUCUUGAGUUUUUAGUCCACUACACAAGCAGAUAUUGAACCAACAUUAACAGGAAUUAGUAUAGUAUGUUUUCCAGUAAGAGAGUGUUCAAGGAUCUCCAUGUAUUCCAGUUUCCUCAGAAACAUAGGCUUCUGUGAGGAAAACCAUACUGUGGAAACUUAGAAAUCUUUUUUUUUUUUUUUUUUUUGAGAUAGAGUCUUGCUCUGUUGCCCAGGCUGGAGUGCAGUGGCGCGAUCUCAGCUCACUGCAAGCUCCACCUCCCGGGUUCACGCCAUUCUCCUGCCUCAGCCUCCCGAGUAGCUGGGACUACAGGUGCCCGCCACCAUGCCCAGCUAAUUUUUUGUAUUUUUAGUAGAGACGGGGUUUCACCGUGUUAGCCAGGAUGGUCUCGAUCUCCUGACCUCAUGAUCCGCCUACCUUGGCCUCCCAAAGUGCUGCGAUUACACGUGUGAGCCAAUAAAUUCUUUUUACUAGAAAACACAAGAACCUGGAUAAGACCUCUCUGGAUAAAUCAUCAAACCUUUUGCAAAUGGCUACUCUUACCUUGUUGAAGUAUUUCCAUCCCUUCUCCAGGUGAGCAGAAAUCCCCGGAUGCCAUUUGAUUUUCUUGAGAUUCUAAUCUGUGGAACCAAGUGAAAGAAAACAAAAAGAUGAAUAAACAGCUGGCUACUUCAAGGACACUAUCUUAGGUUCAAAUUUCUGUUGUCUACAAGCUGGAAAGGAACCUCAAGGAUGACUUUUAUAGAGGGCCUGUAUCACACACCCUGGGUCCCAAGCUCUUACACAAGUUUUAUGGACAAACAGAUUUGCAAGUGCCAAAACAUGUCACAUUCUAAGCACACACGUGUUUCCACUUGCUCCAAGCUGUCCAAAAGGAGCCUCCUAAAAAGAGCUUUCCAAUUCACUGAGUCUAAACAAGAAGAUUCUCCACCACCACCACCAUUAUGCCAAAGUUAAAACUGAGCUGCAGCUUCCCAGUUAUGAGUGAACUGAGGGAAAAGGGAAAAAAAUCAAAGUCUGCUUUUUCCCCCCAAAUAACUCAGCUAUCAAAUUCCAUAAUACUUUUUUUGUGCUUCUUUAACUUUCAUCUAAGAUCUGUUGGUAGUUUUUUUUUAUCGUUAACUCUAGAAUCAUCCUUCAGGAAUGACAAAUCAUUCCACACUUGAACAACAACUGGUUUUCACAUAACAGCCUAAAAAGAACACCUGGAGGAAAGAGCAUGACAGGAAGACUGACAGCGAGGUCAGUGGCAAAAGAGUAAUGCAAAGGCGUAAUGUGGCUGCAGUGGGGACUGCUGUGGGUGUUUUGCCGGAACAUGGAGUUUGCUGAAAGGAAUGACACCAACACAGGGGCGGUAAAGAUGGGCACAGUUUGGCCUCAGGAGACAAAAAUUUUCCCUUGACAUUACAUGUUUUUGCUCUGCCCCUUUUCUGUGUAAGGUAUCAAACUCCAAAGGGCAGCUGAGCCUCCCAAAGCCGAAGAGGCAUUGAAGGUUAUUAUGAUUUAACGCUUCAUGUUUAUAGAACAUUUGGUUUACUCGAUCGUUUUAUGAGUAACAUCAAAGUAACUACUCAUUUGUUUUCUAACAUGGUCUAGAGGGGGACGCAGCUGAGGCAGAAUGCUGGGACUUAAUUUGCAGCUCGGCCGUUGCUUCUGUGAACUUAAGGGAAAUGCUUUUUUCUGUGCCAAACUUUUUCCACCUGCAAAACUGAGAUAACGAUUCCUGCCUUGGACGAGACAUUAAGAAUUAAUAACACAAUCGACUUGUCAACAAAAGCCACUACUUAGUUAAGCUCAGUGUUUUAACAAUUCUGUUUAUCGUUGAUCUAUGACUGCAAAUAAAAAGUUUUGCAGGCAAAUUUCGCACUUGGAAAUGAGGACCAACCCAAAUUUCAAAAAGCCAGCUGUUCGUCCCUCCCUAGGGUAUUUUCACAAGAUAUGACCCUUACAGGGCCCGAGAUGAAUCAAAAUGCAGAACGGGCUCUCCCGCGCCUACUUCCCUUCUGUCUGGGCGGCCAAGGAUUCCCAAGGGCGACGACUCUCCGGCCCACGGCCGGGGACUGGCCGGAAUGACUCUCCCCGAGCUCUUCUUCCCCGAAGCCCCGCCCGCCGACCCUCUAAAGCAAACCUGCACACCCUGGGGCAGCUGAAGCUCUCAAGGCGGUGCCGAGAACCUCGGCUGGGGCGGGCUGAUCAGCAGCGUCUACACCCCAGAAUCCGCCCGCGCCGGGGCUCCGGAACCUCUCGUUCGGGCCGGGCGCAGGGGCUGGGGGAAGUGAGGCCCGGAAAGACCAAGCUGGAAGGCCUGGGAAAGGGAAGGAGCCGAAAGUGCACUAGAGGCUGCGUCGAAGGAGAUGGAGGCGGGGCCACAUUCGAGGCGGGAACGGCAGGCCCCGCCCCUCAACGGGUGCGCGCCCUGGGUUCCCAACGCCCUGGGUUCGCACGCUCGGGUUGUGGAACCCGGACUGGGAAACAGGAUGGUCACGGAAAGGCUUUUUUGCCCCUUCUCCUUAGUGCCUCUCCAGUGAAGGGCAGUUGCUGAGAAAAUGGUAGUAAUUGCUAACAUUUAUUGAGGGCCUACGAUGAGUCAGGCACUAGGCCAAGCAUUUUGCUUGCCUUGCCUCGUUUACUUUUUGUUGUUGUUGUUUUGUUUUGUUUUUGAGACGGAGUCUCGCUCUGUCGCCCAGGCUGGGUUGCAGUGGUGCUAUCUCCGCUUACCGCAAGCUCCACC